AUGAAACGAUACCCGAUUCCAUAUCACAGGCGCCCACAAGGCUCUCCCGAACGCCAGGCAUACUAUGAUGGACCACGCUCGAGGCGACGUGAAGGGCAUGAUGACGGCUACUCAAGCAACAGUUAUGACGAUAACGAGAUCAGAUCAAGAGAAGGAAUUGUAACUGAGAGACAUAAAUCGCGUGCCCUACCGCGCGAUUCUCGGGAACGAAAUCUCCCUCAUCAGCGCAUCACUACUAUUGACUGGCGAGCUGAGCUGUGCCGUAUUCUGGAAUUCUCAACAGAAGUUUCUGAUGGAGAGAUUCUAGAUCAUCUAGAGGCAUCGCUGCAGGAGCUUAAAGAUGCAAGGCUCCGUUACGAGUCACAAGGAGCUGCUGGCCCACCCCGCGCAGAGAUUCUCUAUACCGUACACUGUACGAAGUCGUCCAGAUUAUCCUCCACUUUAUACAGAGAGCUGCACAACGCUGGCGAAACGGCUCAAGAUGGCAUACACCUAUUAGGUCGAGUGGCUAUCACCAACUUGGAGCUCCACCUGGAACGCAACAAGGAUAUCGCGUUCAUCGUAUACAAGGAUUUCGAGUGUUGUGGCGACCCUGUGCCUAAGAUGAAGCAGCACGACAAAAACAAUGAAGACUUUGAUGUUUAUUCGCCAUUAUUAAAAGAUGAGUCAAUUGCAUUUGUGUCUGACGCCAUGAUAGAUGCCCUGUCAAUGCUUGCAAACCGGGCGUGGAGCGAUUCUCAGCAUCCUCAAUUUAUGACACCCGCCCACAAGAAGAAGAACCAGAAGGCCGAUGAGGUCUCCGACAAUGAUCCUGACAAAAUCACAUAUCCUUACUUAUGGUGGUUUCACAGUCGCCAAAAUAUCAAGGAGGCAAUGGAGCAUAUCGACCGGGAGUACAUUCCCUACUUAUCCGCUUUCAAGGACUAUGUUGAAACUAGAAUGUCUGGCGAAUGGAACCUUGUGGACAAAUUGAUGUCAAGAGACAAAAUCACAGCCAAAUACCUUCGCUAUUUAUACCCUCCUUGUGAGAUGAUUGUUUCAAAUCCCGAUCUAAAGCCUCAAUUGAAACUCCAAGGAUUCGAGGUUUCAGAUACUACAAGGACAAAAGGAAGCGCUCAGACUAAGAUCAAAGUCUGGUCUUGGACAUUUGAUGGCAAGUUUCAGCGAGCCCUGACCGAUCUCCCGGUAUUUGCAUUGCCAUCAGAGACGGAUGCUUUUGAUAUCAAGUCCCUGGAAUUUUAUCCCAAGAGAUUUGCAAGACCUGAGGUACUCGCCACCCUCCGAGCCCGGGGCAAAUUCUUUUGGAAAUGCCGCUAUCGGAACUACGUCUCAUCCAAGAUGAAUCGUGAAAGCGAAGUCCACUCUUCGGCCGAGUCUUCACGGUACAUGAUAGAUAUGGAAACUUAUAAACGCCUGCAUCCAAGUCAGGCAUCCGAUUUGCGGGAUGAUCUCGGGAAAGAGAACAUGGAGCAAGAUGAACCACCGCUAGGUGACCAAUUUUAUUUGUGUCUUCCAGUCCACAUUAUUGGUUUCAAUAUGCAAAAUAAAGAAUGGGUAAAACUCGAGGUGCAGCAUCUGGAAGAUGUGUGCUGGAAUAAGAAAGCUUUCGAAUAUAUUGUAAUCAAUAAAGAGACAAAGGAGCUCAUUCGCGCAGUAAUCAGCAAUCAGAUAAGCGUACAGUCUAAAACUGAUCUGAUCGAAGGCAAAGGAAGCGGGUUGUUUAUGCUACUUCACGGUGGUCCUGGAACAGGCAAAACACUUACGGCAGAAAGUGUGGCCGAGAUCGCCCAGCGACCGCUUUAUAGAGUCACAUGUGGUGAUAUAGGGACAAAAGCAGAACAGGUUGAGAAGUACUUAGCAAGUGUUCUACUGCUUGGAACUACCUGGAAAUGUGUGGUCCUUCUGGAUGAAGCAGAUGUGUUUCUAGAGCAACGAUCUCUGCUGACUUUGGAGAGGAAUGCUCUCGUUUCAGUCUUCCUGCGGGUCCUCGAAUAUUAUAACGGUAUAUUGAUUCUGACUACCAACCGUGUGGGAACUUUCGAUGAGGCAUUUAAAUCACGUAUCCAGCUCAGUCUACACUACAAAAACCUUGACCAACACCAGCGACGAGAGAUCUGGAAGAAUUUCAUUGGGCAUUUAGACGAGUUCCAAAAAACCUUGGAGACUGGGUUGACUGAGUCACAGAGACACACAAAGGUCGGGUAUGGGAUCGACGUCGAUGAUUUGAAUAAGAAUCUUGAAGAGCUAUCUCGGCCAGCUCUCAACGGAAGAGACAUCCGCAAUGCCCUUUCCACCGCUCGACAACUCGCGCUGUACCGUCAACAGCCAUUGCAGUACAACCACUUACAGGUCGUCAUGGGUGAGGUGCAGAAGUUUGAUGACUAUCUUCGAGAAGUGCACAAUGGAUACUCGGAGGAUGACAUCCAGCGGGCUAGAGAGAUCCGCUAA